UGACGUCACGUGACUCUGUUUGUUUCUGUAGAUUCACCGUCAUGACCAAGGACAUUGUUGUUGGAGAUGAACUGCCUGACUGGGUGGGAGCUAAGGAGUUUUACCAGAAGUAUGACCCUAAAGAGGUGAUUGGCAGAGGUGUGAGCAGUGUGGUACGCAGGUGUGUGCACAGACACACAGGCCAAGAGCUGGCAGUGAAGAUAAUCGAGAUCACAGCGGAGAAGAUGACAGUCCAGCAGCUGGAGGAGGUGAGGACCUCCACACUGAAGGAGAUCCAGGUCCUCAACAUGGUGAAGGGGCACUCCUCCAUCAUCACUCUGAUUGAUUCCUACGAGUCCACAACGUUCAUAUUUUUAGUGUUUGACCUCAUGAGGCGAGGAGAGCUGUUCGAUUACCUCACAGAAAAAGUUACCUUGAGUGAAAAGGAGACCAGGUAUAUAAUGCGUGCCCUGCUGGAGGCUGUGCAGUAUUUGCACUCUCUGAACAUCGUUCACCGAGAUCUGAAGCCCGAGAACAUUCUGCUGGAUGAUCAGGGCCACAUUAAGCUGUCUGACUUUGGUUUCUCUGUGCAGCUGCAACCCGGUCAGAAGCUGAGAGAGCUCUGUGGAACCCCUGGGUAUCUGGCUCCAGAAAUACUAAAAUGCUCCAUGGAUGAAUUGCAUCCAGGCUACGGCAGAGAGGUUGAUCUCUGGGCGUGUGGAGUCAUCCUCUUCACCCUGCUGGCCGGCCUGCCGCCGUUCUGGCACCGUAAACAGAUGCUGAUGCUGAGAAUGAUCAUGGAGGGCCGCUAUCAGUUCAGCUCCCCCGAGUGGGACGACCGAUCCGACACCGUGAAGGACUUGAUUUCCAGGCUGUUGGUGUUGGAUCCAGCUGCCCGUCUCACAGCAGAACAAGCUUUAGCGCAUCCUUUCUUCAGACUGUACCAGAAGGAGGGCGCGCGCCUCUUCAGUCCCAGGAAGACAUUCAGGGUUUUAAUAGUGAGCGUGCUCGCCUGCAUCAGAAUCUACAGCCGAUACCGCCGGGCUCGGCCGCUCACCCGAGAGGUGCUGGCCAGAGAUCCUUACUCCCUCCGCGGCGUCCGCAAGCUCAUCGACGGCUGCGCCUUCCGCAUCUACGGCCACUGGGUGAAGAAGGGCGAGCAGCAGAACCGAGCGGCGCUCUUCCAGAACACAGCAAAGAUUAUGCUGCUGGGUCUGGAGGAGCUCGAAGCGUAGAAAGGUCACCGUCGCUCUUAAACGUGCGUUUUUAUCUUUGUUUUAUUUAACCUUGUGCAUGUGAGCUUUUGUCAUGUUUUUUUUUUUUUUUUUUGUCUUGUUACUGUUUCAUUUUAAGACGUGCAAUCCGGGGAUCGAGACUUUCGUGUGGGAGUUCAAGCUGCAUGCGUGACUCGACGUCCCUUAUCUGUGUGUUGAUCCAGAUUUGUGACUUUCUGAAGCCCUUUUAGUUCACAUCAUGUCAGUGCACUUUGUAGCGCAGCGCACAUUGCACAAUUUAAAACCUAUCACGGUAUAGUUAGGAUUUUAACUGAUGAUAGUUUAUAGCAAUUAAGGAGUGUCCAUUUCCAGGCACUCAAAAGAGUGAGCAGGAAAUAAAACAGUUAAGAGAUAAUUAUUUUUUAUAAACAUAGAUGUUAUUUUAAAGCUUGGUAGUAUUGAGAAUUGAACAUCAGUAAAGUAGGAUGUGUGAGUUGGUCUUU